GCCGCCGCGCCUUGGCGGGAGGCGCCUCGGCCCCCGUUCGGCCCGCAGGUGUUUCCCGUGCCGCUUCCUCCACAGGUGCUGUUCCGGGCGGUCACCUUCGGGCUGAACGCGUUCACUCUGCGCUACCUCUCCCGAGAGCUGAUCGGCGUGGUCAACGUGAGGCUAACUCUACUGUAUUCAACAGUUGUCUUCCUAGCCAGGGAGGCAUUUCGGAGAGCUUGUUUGAGUGGAAGUACAAAGCGAAACUGGACCAAAACAAUUAAUCUACUGUGGCUGACAGUCCCUCUUGGUGGUUUUUGGUCUGUUUUAUUGGGCUUAGUCUGGCUACAUUUGCUUGAAGUACCUGAUCCUUCUGUGGUUCCUCAUUAUCAGGCUGGUGUAGUGGCAUUUGGUCUUUCUGCGAUUAUUGAACUUCUGGGAGAACCGCUCUGGGUUUUAGCACAAGCUCAUUUGUUUGUGAGACUUAAGGUAACUGCUGAAAGCCUUUCUGUAGUGUCAAAAUGCACUUUGACAGUUAUUUUAGUAGUCUUUUAUCCUCAGUGGGGCCUCUACAUUUUUUCUUUGACUCAGCUUUUAUAUGCCAGUGUUCUGGUAAUGUGCUAUGUAAUUUAUUUUGUGAUGUUUUUGGGAUCUCCUGAAGCAACAAAGAAGUCAUUUCCAGUUACUAGAGUGACAGCUCUAUUACCUAACUUGGUAGAAGAUGAGACCUUUGUGAAUGGGAAGGAAGCACGGUUGACUUGGAGUUUCUUCAAACAAUCCUUCUUGAAGCAGAUUUUGACAGAGGGUGAACGUUAUGUGAUGACUUUUUUGAACGUGUUAAAUUUUGGAGAUCAGGGUGUAUAUGAUAUCGUGAAUAAUCUUGGUUCACUGGUAGCCAGGUUUAUCUUUUUGCCUAUUGAGGAGAGUUUUUAUGUCUUCUUUGCUAACGUGUUGGAAAGAGGGAAGAACGUAAAGGAUCAGAAGCAGGAUGAUGUUGCUAUGGCUGCAAAUGUAUUAGAAUUGCUGUUGAAACUUGUGCUUCUGAUUGGCCUUACCAUCACAGUAUUUGGCUAUGCCUAUUCUCAGCUGGCUCUGGAUAUUUACGGAGGCUCAAUGCUCAGUUCUGGAACAGGUCCAGAUCUCCUCCGAUGUUACUCGUUAUAUGUCCUAUUUCUCGCUAUCAAUGGAGUAACAGAAUGUUUUACGUUUGCUUUGAUGUGCAGAGAAGAGGUAGACAGGUACAAUUUUGUUAUGCUGGCCUUGUCUUUCACAUUUCUGUGCAUCUCUUACUUCCUGACCCGCUGGCAUGGCAGUAUAGGCUUUAUCCUUGCCAACUGCUUUAACAUGGGUAUUCGAAUAGCUCACAGCAUCCACUACAUCUAUGAUUACUUCAAAGAAAGCACUUACAGACCUUUGACAGGCUUGCUUCCCUCACCAUUUUUGGUACUUGUUUAUAUCCUAAGUGGAGUAAUCACAGGUUUCUCAGAGGUAUUCUUCUGCUGUGACAAGGGUUGGAUGGCAAGGCUGAUUCACAUCAGCGUGGGCGCUCUGUGCUUUGCAGCGACCGUCGCUACUAUAUUCCACACAGAGACUAAGCUGAUCCACUUUGUCAGAAGCCAGUUCCUCUCCCGGUACAUGAAGAAAGGAACAUGAAAAGCUCAUGUUCUUGUACAUGCUUGCAGUAAAGGGCUGUAUUUUUUGCAUGAAAUCUGUAUGGAAGAAGGCUUCCAUAUGGGUUUAUUGGAAACAUUAAUAUUGGAGUGGCGAUGUAAAAGACUUCCAACUGAAUGUUAUUUUGUCUUCUAAGCUGGUUAGUACUGUGAAAGAGAGAUGAGUAACUUUAUCCAUCAUUCUUUUCUAAGCUUUUCUUCAAACAGACUCUUUGGUAAUGAAUGAGCAUCUAAGACACACCCUUCUGAUGUAACCUAGUUGACAGACUUCGUGGAGAGAGAAUCCAUUCUUACCAAUAGGGAGUACAUGUAUGAAGGCAUUAUAUGACUUAAAUCUUAUGAUGUAAUUAAGAAUGCCCUUAUUUGGCAUGGUGGGCUGCUGAACUGAUUAGAAAAUAAAUAGUCUGACAAAAAAACCCAAACAAAAGCAAACAACCAAACACACUGCUCCCCCCCCCCCCCAAAUGCACAGAGCGAAAGCUGAAGAAAACACUAGAGCAAGGACCAGUAGCAAGGUCACUGUUGCUGAAGUGCAUCAUAAUGCAGUGGAAAGAGAUCCAGUUGUCAGUGAUUUUAAGUGUAAAGCAGUGAAUGGGAAGUUCUGAUGUUUACAAAUUAAUGACAUACGCAGCAUGUGUCCAUUCUAGCUGUAUCAGAUUAUUUCAUUCAGCAGACAGUUCAUUUGUGAGGGUGUUGAAUAAGUUGUCAAAAAUACUCUGAAGCCUUAGUUAAAAGAAGAAAGGGACUUUAAGCAGUGUUUUAUAGGAGGUUUUAAGUAUAAUCACACUGGUGCUGAAGUUCCAGAAGGUUAAUCAUAAAACUUCUUACUUUCAUUCCAUUGCUUUGUUGUUAUCUGAGAUUUUAAUGCCAGCGUGAAUAGAAAUGAUUUUGUCCUCUGCAAAUUCGAAUAUUAAAUUUAUUUUAUAAGAUUUCUUCCAAGAAUGUAUGCAUAUUGAAACUUUUGUUACUGGAUAGAAAAUGCUUUUUUCUAUUGAAACCAGUUUUCAUGUCUUGUUCCUUUGCUUGUUCAAACUUAACCUUUGUAUUGAUUUUUUUUUUUUUUUUGAAUUGUUGAAAAUUUGGACAUUAGGAAAUUGUUAAAUUAUAUGUUAGGCUGCUGGUUUUGGGUUGACUAAUGGUAUAUUUUUUUUUCUGGUCUAAGAUCUGAAUUUGGCAGUUUCAGAACAUAUCAUACAAGUGGCAGUUUUAUAAUGAUCAGUGUUCCCUUUGCAUUGUUUGGAUGGACCAAAAAAUGUCAAGUGAUGAAAAAUGUGUCCUCAGACAUGUACAGUCAAAAGCUUUUAGCUUAAUUAUGUAGCAAUUCCUCAGAUCCUCAGACUGCUUAAAUUUCUUCACUGUAAUGGCAUUGUGAAGUUCAUCCUGGUAAUCAUAGCUCAUGGAGUGAAAUGCUUUCUGGUAUCUGUUUUCAGUUUGGUACUGUUAGAAACAUUUUUUGAACUCUGGUAAUUUUCACUUGGAGAAUAUCACCAGAGAUGCUUUAUGUGAGAAUUUGGCGACUGAAAAAUGAUCACAGAGAAGCCAAAAUGUAACAGUGGUAGAAAGAGAAAGGUGCACUUCCUCAGCUAAUGGUGGUGUCUCCAUUACCUGGCUGGAAGGUGCUAGAGACAGACUUGCUGAUUCUUAUGAAGUUAUUAUGAAAUCUGUCUAAAUAAAACCCUCUACACUAUUCUGCCCUGCUAAGUGAAUUUGGUAGUUUUUUGUCUUUUAAGUUUUUUCUCUUCUGAGUUAUCUUGCAGCUUUUUUUGGUUUGUUUUUAUCAGGUAUGGAGUUUAUGAAGUACAGUUCCAUACAUUGCAGAGGAUUGAAACUUCUUUAUUAUAAAUUGUCAAUGUGUUUUCUUUACCUACUUGUUCAUAAUUAA